AUGUUGCAGAAUGGGAACAGUAAGAAGAUGAGGAGCCAUUUCCCACUUCAAGUGGCUUUUAUGCUGUUAGUCUUCAUCAUCUUCUCAUUCUUCUACAACGAAAUCAACAUCCAGAAACAACAGCAAAAACAGCCGCUACUGAAUGAAGACGAUGUGAUUGGUGGUGAUGGAGUUGCUAAAGUUCAGCAGAAAUUGUCUUCAGAAGAAGGGAUUUCCAAAGGUACUGAUGAUGAUGAAGAAGGAGAAGAGGACAAUUUUCCCCAACCUGCUGCUUUAGUGAAGCAAACCCUUCUUCCUCAAACUUCAAGAGCUCCUCUUGAGCCUCUGGACAAGUCUAGCACGUGCACUUGGACAAAGGAGUACACAGGAAGAAGAGUGCUGGGGAAUGAUGCUAUUAGUACCAGAAGGGAGGAUCCUGGAGAUGGCGGGUUCAACGGAGAAGAAGAAGAAGAGAGAGAAGGGGAGGAAUGUGACUUCUUUUCUGGGAGAUGGGUAUAUGAUAAUACUUCUUAUCCGCUGUAUAAUUGGCAAGAUUGUCCAUACAUGUCGGAUCAAUUGGCUUGCCUGAAGCAUGGUAGGCCGGAUUCUGAGUACCAACAUUGGAGAUGGCAGCCUCAUAAUUGCAAUUUGAAGAGGUGGAAUGCGACAGAGAUGUGGGAGAAGUUGAGAGGGAAAAGACUAAUGUUUGUGGGAGAUUCCCUGAACAGAGGUCAAUGGCUAUCUAUGGUGUGCUUGUUACAGAUGGUCAUUCCAGCUGAUAAACGCUUGAUGACACCGCAGGCCCACCUUUCAUCUUUUCACGCAGAGGAAUACAAUUCCAGCAUUGAGUUUCUGUGGGCACCUCUUCUCGUAGAAUCAAAUUCAGACCAUCCAGUUGAGCACAGAGUACCUCAAAGAAUAAUACGUCCAGAUUCUACACUUCGGCAUUCAUCCCAAUGGAAGAACGCUGACAUUGUGGUCUUCAAUUCAUAUGUUUGGUGGACACAGGGCCCUGUUAACAUAUCAUGGAGCGACGGAGAGAGUGGAGCCUGUGAAGAAAUUGGUGGAAUGGGCGGGAUGGAGUUGGCCUUGGAGGCAUUAACAAAUUGGAUGGCUUUAAAUUUUGAUUACACGAACAAGCGUGCAUUUUUCAUGACCAUGUCCCCUACUCAUUACGAGAAGGAAAGAUGGGAUCCAGCAAAUGAAGGCAACUGUUACGGCGAAACACUGCCUAUUUUAAAGAGUCAUUUCAAGAGUGGAAUUCACUUGCCAACGAUGGAGAUAGUGAACAAGGUAGUUAGAAAGAUGAACCCUAAGAUUCAAAUCCUCAACAUCACGCAGCUUGCAGAUUACCGGAAAGAUGGACAUCCGAGCAGUUACCGCAAAUUCUGGGAGAAAUUGAACCCACAGGCUAAUCCGGCAGAUUACUCUGAUUGUUUGCACUGGUGUUUACCUGGUGUCCAGGAUGUUUGGAACCAGAUUUUGUUCCAAUAUUUUUGA